UACAGCAUAACGUCUAUUUCAGCCCCGCUGUAAGUGAUACCGCACUAAGGAACACUUUCAUCAAACUCCGUUGGGGGACAGAACACUACCCAGGCUACAGCCCAUUUAUAUGUUAUUUUUUGUUGCUGAAUAAUAACCUUUAAAAAAAACUGUGCCGAAAAAGCUGAAGUUUUCAGUAAUCGUACCAAACUGUUUAAUUUUUGUGCGCUCUUGGAUGGAAGUUUAUGCGCAUUGUUAAAACGCUGUUACACAUGAUCAAUGAAACGGUCUUCCAUACAAGCGAUUUGCACCAUUUGUUGCAAGAGAGAGCAUUUUAAAACACACGCAGGGCUAUUUCAUGUAAAUCAAGCGACUUGGACCAUCAGCAGCUCUCCUGCCGCCCGCGAUUGAACCACAGUUAACCCACGAUAUCUGAAGAGGAAUUACAUAGGCUCUUUGAGUUACAAACAAAUAUUCUGCAAUCAUUGCCUUUGCCUCUCGCAUGUGGACCAUAGACUUUUUUUUAGGACAUGGAUCAUUUGCUGUAGUGGAUAACCCUACCCUGAUGUGUGUUUUUUGUUUGAUUCCCGCUACCAGAAGAGGAUCUUUUUUUCUCCACUUUUCCACUUCAGUGUAAUUCUAUGGCACUUCUUCUUCUAAAGCACUGAUGUCGCUACGUGACGGGAAUUGCGAUUGAUUUUCCAUAUUCUGUUUCAAGGGAUAGAAGGUCAACAUUACUAUCACUAGUGUCAAGUAAAGACAGUGACAGAGUUGCAGCCUUAAGAAAAAAAUACUCCCACCCUCUCUGAUUAUGGACUUAGCAGGUCAUGCUCGUGUGCUGGUGGUGUUACUCACCUGCCUGGUCUUGCUGUCCUGGGCCCAAGAGAAGGACUACACGGUGAGGGAGGAGCAGCCCGAGAAUGUCCGCAUCGGGAACCUACGGAAGGACUUGGACCUGAACCUUGACCCUGACUUCAAGCUGUCCUCGCCAUUGCAGUUUAAGCCCGUCUACAAAACGGGCGAUGUGCCUUUGGUGAGGGUAGAGGCCAACACCGGGGAGAUCUUCACCACGGCUCACCGCAUCGACCGAGAGAAGCUCUGCUCAGGAGUAUUCAACGAGAAGCGCUGCUUCUACGAGAUCGAGGUCGCCGUUCUGCCUGACGAGAUCUUCCGUCUGGUCAAGAUCCGGUUCCUGAUUGAGGACAUCAAUGACAACGCUCCACUCUUCCAGUCCACCGUAAUAAACAUCUCCAUCCCAGAGAACACUGCCAUCAACACCCGGUACCCCGUGCCCUCUGCAUUUGACCCAGAUGUGGGGAUCAAUGGGAUCCAACACUAUGAACUUGUCAAGAGUGUAAGUGAGUUUGGCUUAGACAUCAUCGAGACCCCAGAGGGAGACAGAUGGCCUCAGCUGAUCGUCCAGCAGAGCCUGGACCGCGAGCAGAAGGACACCUUCGUCAUGAAGAUCAAGGUGGAGGACGGAGGAACGCCACCCAAGUCCAGCACGGCCAUCCUCCAGGUCACCAUCUCCGACGUCAACGACAAUCGACCGGUCUUCAAGGACAGUGAGGUGGAGGUGAACAUCCCUGAGAACGCCCCCAUUGGAACCUCCGUUUCCCAACUCCAUGCCACAGACGCAGACCUCGGCUCCAACGCCCAGAUCCACUUCUCCUUCUCCAACCAGAUCUCCUCAUCCACCAAGAGGCAUUUUUCCAUAGACAGCACCACCGGGCUGAUCACUGUCAAGCAGCCCUUAGACAGAGAAGCCACUCCGGUCCACAAACUCAUCGUCCUGGCCAGCGACGGCAGCUCCACUCCCUCCAGAGCUACGGUUAUCGUCAACGUAACGGACAUUAAUGACAACGUUCCGUCCAUAGACACUCGGUACAUAAUGAACCUUGUAAAUGGAACGGUUCUACUGUCGGAGAAUGCUCCUCUCAACACAAAAAUAGCCCUAAUUACAGUGACGGACAAGGACUCGGAUCUGAACGGCAAAGUGACUUGUUACACUGACCAUGACGUUCCUUUCAGGUUAAAGCCAGUCUUUAAUGACCAGUUCCUGCUGGAGACUGCGGCCCCCUUAGAUUACGAAACAACCAGGGAAUAUGCAAUUAAGAUAGUAGCGUCGGAUUCUGGGAAGCCUCCUUUGAACACGUCAGCGAUGGUUUUAAUAAAAAUUAAGGACGAGAAUGACAACGCUCCCAUCUUCCCUCAACCUGAGAUUCAGCUGUCCAUACCAGAGAACAAUGAUCCAUCCACGCAGCUCAUAAAGAUCAGUGCCACGGAUGCCGACAGCGGACAUAAUGCAGAGAUUAUUUAUUCUCUUGGCCCUGACGCUCCUGAUGGGUUUAACAUAGAUAGACGGUCAGGAAUCCUCUCCGUUGGCAAACGCCUGGACAGAGAGAAGCAGGAGAAGUAUUCGUUCACUGUCAUGGCAAGAGACAAUGGGUCUACUUCCCUGCAGAGCAAUGUCACAGUGAGGUUAAUAGUGCAGGACCUCAACGACAACAGCCCAGCUUUCACCCAUCCUGAGUAUAACUUCUAUGUGCCUGAGAACCUGCCUCUGUACGGGACCGUGGGCCUGAUCACCGUCACAGAUUCUGACGCAGGUGACAACUCCGUCAUAACACUGUCCAUCCUGAAUGGGAAAGACAAUUUCCUUAUUGAUCCCCAGACCGGUGUAAUCAAACCCAACCUCACGUUUGAUAGAGAGCAGCAGAGCUCAUACACUUUUAUGGUGAAGGCUAUAGACGGAGGGCAACCACCCAGCACUUCAUACGCCAAGGUCACCAUAAACGUUGUGGAUGUCAAUGACAAUCGACCCGUUUUUGUUAUCCCCUCGUCCAACUACUCUUACGAUCUGGUUCAGUCUACCACCAGCCCUGGGUCUGUGGUCACCAGGGUGUUCGCUAUAGACAAUGACACUGGCAUGAAUGCUGAGCUGCAGUACAGCAUCAUUGGGGGAUCACCAAGAGGACUGUUUGCCAUAGACAAAACAACUGGUAAUAUAACUCUGCAGGAGAAGAUAGUCUCAGCCGAUCAGGGUUUACACAGGCUAGUGGUGAAAGUCAAAGACCUGGGCCAGCCAGAGUCCUUACACGCAAUCGCCCUCAUUCACCUGUUCAUUAACGAGACUGUAUCCAACGCUACGUUCAUUCAAGAGCAGCUACGUAAGAGCUUGGAGACUCCAUUGGACCGUAACGUGGGAGACAGUGAGGUCACACCCCAAGCCAACGGAUACGUGAUUGUUGUCAUCGCUAUUAUAGCUGGGACUAUGACAGUUAUCUUAGUCAUUUUCGUGACGGCCUUGGUGCGCUGCCGUCAGACGCCCAGGCACAAAGUGGUGCAGAAGGGCAAGCAGAGCGGCGAGUGGGUGUCGCCCAACCAGGAGAACCGUCAAAUCAAGAAGAAAAAGAAGAAAAAGAAGAGAUCCCCUAAGAGCCUCCUCUUGAACUUUGUCACCAUAGAAGAAUCCAAGCCUGAUGAUCCCAGCCAGGAGCACAUUAAUGGAACCCUGGACCUGCCUGUGGAGCUAGAUGAGCAGACCAUGGGGAAAUACAACUGGGCCACUACGCCGACCACCUUCAAACCUGACAGCCCAGACUUAGCCAAGCAUUACAAGUCUGCCUCCCCCCAGCCAACCUUCCAAAUCAAACCAGAGACCCCGAUGGCGCCCAAUAAACACCACGUGAUUCAGGAGCUCCCGCUAGACAACACGUUUGUGGUGGGCUGUGACUCGCACUCCAAGUGCUCCUCCACCAGCUCAGACCCGUACUCGGUCUCAGAGUGCAGCUGUCAGGGGGGAUUCAAGACUUCUGGGCAAAUCCACACCAGACAGGAGACGGCACUGAAACCACCACUCUAUGACACACUCUGUGGCUCAGGUACAAGUCGCUGCCACAGGAUAAAAAUCAAUCUCUAGCUGCCAGUACCUAGAGAGAGAAAGAGAGAGGGAGAGAGAGAGAGAGGGAGGAAGGCACAGACGAAGAGGUGAAUCUCAUACUAUACAGUCUCUACAGCCUCAAAACACCAACCAUCAAAAGGAAUAUGUUAAUUUGUUUUUUUGUUUUUUUUGUGGGCGAAAAAAAAAAAAGUAUUUACUUGAAUCAUUUUCACCGAAAUGAAGACACGUUGUUGCCUGCCUGAAACUUGACAAAGCUCUACUUGUUAAACUUGUAGGAGGUUUGAAAUACUUCACAGAAACCCUACAGCAUCACUUAUCUCGUAUCUCCUAGAUGAUGACACACGGUAUGACCCACCGCCCUGUCAAUAUAAUAAACCGUUAUUAUGUGGCGUAUGUUUAUAUGUAUGUAUAUUAUGUAUAUUUAUCACAGAGUUGACUAUGUUUAUAUUUAUUGAUUCUGUUUGGGUAAAGUUUGACCUACACUCUUAGAAAUAAGGGUUCCGUAUGGGUUUCUAAGGUUGUUCCCAUAGGCAGAACCUUUCUUGGUUCCAGGUAGAACCCUUUUUUUUUUUGGUUCCAGUUAGAACUCUUCUGGAUUCUAUGUAGAACCCUUUUUUUUUGGUUCCAGUUAGAACUCUUCGAGAUUCCAUGUAGAACCCUCUGUGGAAAGGCUCCUACAUGAAACUCAGAAGGAUUUUUACCUGGAACCAAAAAGGGUUCUUCAAAGGGUUCUCCUGUGGGGACAGCUGAAGUACCCUUUAAUGUACUAGAUAACACCUUUUUUCUAAGAGUGUGCCAAGAGGCUAUUUUAUUUCACUUGCUUUUGAAUCCAUUGA